CAAUCAUCCGCAGUUUCCUUUCAAACCUUUUUCGUUUCACGCGCCAAUACUUUGCUUGGACGUCUCUUUUUUUUUUGUGUUUUUUUGUUUUUGCAGACCAACCGUUUUCCCCCCGUCUCAACCUCUCUUGCUCUUUGUGUUCGUCGCUUGGCUGGUGAGCAGCGGGCAUCGAAUCUGGGUCGCGCAGAGAUGGACGCAGAGACGCCUGUCGACGACGAGCAGGGCCGGUCGUCGUCUCCGUCAUCAACUCGCUUGCGCUCCACAGCUCCUCGCCAUGAUGAUCGGCCAGUCGUGAGCGAGCCGGCGGCCGACCCCUACGACAUGUUCUCAUCAGACCCGGCAUCCGACACGCCAGUCGCUGCACCGCAGCCACACCCGCAGCCAAUACCAAGGACGACGGACGAGCGAGCAACUGGCACGCUGCAUUCCUCCUCCUCUUCUGCUGCUGCAGAGGCUGCUCCUCCGACGUCGCCUCGAUCGUCGUCAUCAUCUGCUUCCGGCGCCUCUUCAGAUCCAUCACUGUCUCGGAUGCUCCACGAGUCCAAUCCAGAGCAGCUGGACACACUCGAGCCCGCAGCCAGCCGCACCUCGCCAAUCUCGGUCGGCAUCAGCUUUGAUGGCGGCCAUCGGUCCUCCGACGCGUCACCCUCGAGCAAUCGACGGUCUGAGUUUGCUCGAAGGCGCAACUAUGACGAUUUCAUUUCCAACGGCGUCGACCCGGCCGACCGAAGGCACGCACCAGCACGCCAUGCCAACAACGACGACGACGACAACAACAUGAACAACCACCAUGACGGCGACGAAGACGACAGCAGCAACCACAGCAACAACAACAACAACGACGACGACGACGACGACCAUCCAGCAUUGCGCACCAGCGCGACAGACCAGGCUGAGACCGAGUCUGGCGCAGAGACUGACGCACAAGCAGCAGGCUCCUCCGACGCCGAGCGAUCGACACGAACACGCGUCAAAGUGUACACGCUGAGCGAUGACAGCGUGUGGGUGGAUCAAGGCACCGGGCACGUCACUUGCGAGCGACAAGAAGCCAACCUGUGGGACAUUAUCGUUCGCUCUGAAAACCCGGAGCAAUCCGAGUUGUUGCGGAGCAGAGUGACGACAGAGGACAUUUACCGACGACAGCAGCAGACGUUGAUUGUGUGGAAUGAUAGUGCAGACAACCAAAACCUCGCUCUCAGCUUCCAAGAGCGGAGCGGGUGCUGGGACAUGUGGAAUCAACUCUCUUGGCUGCAAGGGCUGGACCCCAACCGCGACCCGACCGACGACGACGCUCAGGACGCCAGCACGCGCGCUGCUACGAACGGCAACCGCAACCACGACGAGGAUGGCGAUCUUGGCAUCAGCACGCUGCGACAAAACGGCGACACUGUCUUUAUGCAAGACCAUUCCGACGAGGCUGACACGUUCGAGGACGUUGAAAACGCGCACGCCUUUGCCUUUCCCACGAUCGCCCUGGACAAUCUCGCCGAGGUGGUUCUCUUCUUGUCGCGCCCUCAGCCGAUUGUCAAGCGCGAUCUCAUUGUCACCACCAUCCUCAACACCCCAGCUCUGGCCAAGCUGGUGGACUUGUUCAAGCAGUGCGAGGACUUGGAAAUGACAGAGUCCUUGCACCAGCUGCAUCUAGUGUUCAAGUAUCUCAUCCAGUUGAAUGACAACAACCUGUUUGAGGUCUUGUUUUCAGAGCCGCACGUCAUGCACGUCAUCGGCGCGCUCGAGUACGAGCCCGACAUGGUCGAACGACCACGGCAUCGCGACUAUCUCAACACCACGUCCGUCUUCAAGCAAAUCAUCCCCAUCACCAAGCCCGGCAUUGUUGCCAAAAUCCACCAAAGCUUCCGCGUGCAGUACAUUCGCGACUUUGCACUCCCGCGCCAGCUUGACGACCCCACCGCCAACUCGCUCAAUUCAUUUGUCUUUUUCACCAACACGGACAUUGCCUCCGCCUUGCACAACGACGAGGAGUUUAUGGCCGAGCUCUUCCGUCUCCUCAAAGAGCCAGAGUUGACUGACACCGAGCGCAAGGAUUUGGUGCAAUUUUUGGAGGAAUUUUGCAAUCUGUCUCGCUCAUUACAAGUCCACGAGCGGCCACAGGCCUUCCAGUCCUUGGUCGACAAGGGCAUUCUCCAGGUCGUCAUGACUUCGUUGCAGCACGCAGACCCGAGCAUCCGCAAGUGUGCUUCCGAAAUCCUCGGAUACAUUACGCUCGUGGAUCCAGACCUGAUUCGUCGCUACAUUGUCGCCGAGCGCUGGCCUGCACAGUCAGGCCGAGCUCCGCUCACGAUGGCCCAGCGUCGUGCACAGCUACCACAGGCGUCACAGCUGCUCAAGCUGCUCGCCGAGCGCGUGCUUCAGGACGACGACAUUGGCAUUGUCGGCCAGCUCACCGAGGUCCUGCGCAGCCUCUGCGAAUCCACCCUGCAAUCCGAGCACAUGGUCGCCUUCUUUGCUGACUGCGUGCCAGUCCUCACCCAAGCCAUCAUGUCUGCCAUUCCCAACGCAACAGCCAUUCUUGCACAACUGAUUGCAACCGUCAACGCUGGGAAUGCAGCAACAGCUGGCCAGCACGUUGCCACGCCCUUGUUGCGCAACGAUUCCAUUUCAUCCGUCGCAACCAUUUCUCUCGGCGCAGGCAUGGACAACAACAGCACAGACGGAAUUCCAGAGCUGGUUCGCUCCAGCAACAGCUCGUCAGCCACUUCCCAAGAUGCAUCUUCUGCUGCUGGAGCCGCCUCUCCCAUGCGAGGAGGCAGCACGCCUCGAGUCGUCUCUGGCUCUGGUAGUGUCACUCCAGUCCCUCUCGAAGCAACGCAACCCGUGAUUGCCAGUUUGCCGACCACCCAGCCCGCGUCGCUCGAAUCCUUGGCUCCCGCGUCCCCGGUCUCCAUUGCAGCCUUGUCCAUCCCUUCCGACAUUCCCUUGUUUGAUGUGGACAGUGUGCACCCAGUGACGUCCGUGGCGUUCAAUCACAUUCUCGAGUUGUUCAUUUCGUGCCUGCAGCAAACUUCCGUUUGUCGCCAGCUGUACCCGUCGCUGCAGCAAGACGACUUUUUGGCCCACGUUGCGCUUUUGCUCUAUUGCAAGCAAAAGUUUGUGGCAUUGGCUGCACUGCGACUGCUGAAAAACGUGUUUGUUUGCCGUCGGGACGAGAACAUUCUGCAGUAUCUCGCGAGCAAUGGCCUCUUCUUCCCUCUCGUCGACAUGCUGGUGCGCAACGGCGAUCGAUACAAUUUGAUGAAUUCCGCAUUGAUUGACUUUUUCAACCUGAUCAAACUGGCAAACGUUCGCUUCCUUCUCUCCCACAUUGUACAACACUACGAAUCGCACCUGGCAAACAUUCACUAUGUCCCCACCUUCCGCGAAAUGAUUGAGCUGUUCCGUUCCUCCAAUUCUCCACCUGCUCCACAGGAACAGACACCCCUCCGCAGUCGCUUCCGCGAAGCGGAUGAUCAGGAUGCUUGGUUUGACGAGGAUCAGGAUGAUUUCGUCAAGCAAUCUCCACCCGCCCGGGGCACUUCGCCCACCAACGACGAUGACAAGGACGAUUUUCUGGAUCGCCGCGAGUUCCACGCGCGUCACCAACGGCGCUCGUCUUCAUCGGCCAUCGAAUUGAUUUCCAAUUAUCGCGCGGACGACGAAGAUGAAGAGGACGAGGAGGACGGAUUCGUUCGCCUCAAGCUUCCUGCUGCGUCGCCCGGCACCACGAAAACCGGCUCCUCGCCUGGUGGUACGCCAAUUGUGGGCGCGCUUCGUCUGGCCUUCUCCGUUGGCGCGGGUAGCGGACUAUCGAAUCCGUCGAACGCACCACCCCUUUCACCUCCCAUCAAGUCGGGCGGGAUUUCGAUCGCCACCAGUUUGGACCACCGCCCGCCUGCUCUGCACGAGCCCGAGGGCCACUCUUCUCCAGCAAACGCCGCCACCUCAUCCGGCGGUGCCAACGUUCUCGUGCCAGAGCACGACAAUCGUCACAAUCAUCACGGCACCACAAGCAGCAAUGCGGUUGAUCUCGAUGCUGCGCUCGUGCACUUGCCGCAUGGCCGUUCUUUGUCCCCGCCAAUCACGCGGUUUGGUGCAGGCGCUUCGCCACCGCCAUCCGCGGUGCGGUUUUCUCACUCUCCAGGCAACUCCCCGCCGCUUGGUCUUCUGCCCGAGCCGCACAUCCCGAUCGCGGUCAAGCGCUCCUUCCACGCGUUGACGGCCGAUGAUCAUUUAUCCCCACCGUCGGGAGCACUGGCAUCACCGCAUUCCUCUUCUCACCAACCCAGCGAAACAAGUCCAGGUCGCGGCCGCCCAGCUCCGACUGCCACGUCUCCGCCUGCGGGCGCUCCUGCUGCGUCCUCGACGACUUCACCAUCAAGCACAUCCUCACCAUCCGCCACGUCAUCGACGUCGGCAGCCGUGGCCAGCACCCCAGAGGAGUCGUUCUCAGCAUCAACAAAGCGGCCUCGUCUUGACACGACUGCUGUCUGAAGCUUGACUGAAGUAUACAGCGACCCAUCCAUCCAUCCUUCCACCAAAGAUACUCAUUUCUUCAUAUCCACACAAAUUGUCAUGUAAUAACAAUACACGUUGCGAUUUUUAUCCCC